AUGAACCCUGAUCAGGAUCACACGUGGAACAGAGCUCUCAACUCAAACAACCAAAACACGUUUUACAGCUGCUCACAGGAUUUUGAGAGACUAGACAGCAGCAUGGAGGAUUCCUGGACCUGCUCUAUUGAAGUUGGGGCAGUCGUUGACGCAAACCUUCUCCAAGAUGGUCGAGUAGUAAAGAAUAUGCUCCGAGAGGAGAGAUUAAUCUUUAAGAUUGAUUACUGUUCUAAUCUCCAGACAGAGAUUAAACCUCACAUGAGAAAGAUAGUUGUAGAUUGGAUGCUGGAGGUUUGUGAAGAUCAACAAUGUCAACCUCAAGUCUACCAUUUAGCAGUCAACUAUCUUGAUAGAUGUCUCAGCAGAACAAAUAUUCCAAAACAAUGUUUUCAAUCUGUAGCCGCUGCUUGCCUCUUUUUAUCCUCCAAGUUUUCUGAGGUCAGACCUCUUAGUUCUGAGGUUCUCUCCUUGUACACAGAUCACUCUGUGAGUGUAUUAGAGCUGAGAGAAUGGGAGUUGAAGAUUUUAAAUAUUCUAGAAUGGGAGUUAUCUAAUGUUACAGUUCAAUCCUUCCUUCAACAUUUUAGUUCUAACCUGGACUCCAAGGUUGGCCGGCAUGCUGAGAUAUUAUCAGCAGCUGCUACUACAGAAUAUAAAUAUUUGCUGCUCAGACCCAGUCUUGUUGCUGCGGCUUCCUUGUCAGCUGUUUGUAGAGCAGCUUCUCUUCAUUAUAAUAUUCCAACAGCUCUUCUUAAAGAUGAAGAACAAAUCAGAUUUAUUGAAGAUCAUCUUCUCUCUUUACUCCUUACUCUCUCCAACCUUGGAUCCAACCCCAACCUUGCUCAACCCUCUUCUCAGAAGCUGGCAGGUUCUAAACCUAGAGAAGGUACUCUUACACCUACAGAUUGUCAUCAGGUCUCAGCUUUUGUUGGAGCAUACUCCAGAUCAUCAUCUUCAUCAACAUCCUCGUCAUCAUCAUCGUCAUCAUCAUCAUCAUUGUCAUCACCUGAAACAUCCUUGCCUCCGUUCCACACAGUUUCAUCACGUUCCUUUUAUUACAACACUGCGUGUGUUUGA